UAUUUUUUUUUCUUUCUCUCCAAGUUCCAACUUCUUGCCCCUUCUUUCUUCUUUCUUUCCUCUGCUUCCCAUCGUUGAAAUUUAACAGAAUCACGCAUACACUAACAAAUAGAAUACGCUUUUGCUAUUACUAUUGCUUCUAACAUCAUCCAAUUCAAUUCUUUUCUCAAAUAUAGCAUAGUUACUGUUAAACACAGACAGAACACACUUGCAAUUUGAAGAGACUUAUGAACACGAUUCGGUCUCGUUGGUUGUCGAGAAAAAUGGUCGAAGAAUUUGGCAAAUCAGCAACCGCAACCACUUCCUCCACCGAAACGCCGCGUUUUUGGCCUUCUCUCUUACGUUGGAUUCCAACUUCCACCGACCACAUCAUCAAUGCCGAGAAGCGCCUUCUCUCUCUCGUCAAGACUCCAUAUGUCCAAGAAAAGGUUAAUAUAGGCACUGGUCCACCAAAUUCUAGAGUUAGAUGGUUUGGUUCAGUGAGCAAUGAGCCACGGUUUAUUAACACCGUUACAUUUGAUAGUAAAGAUGAUGCUCCUACCCUUGUCAUGGUUCAUGGAUAUGCAGCUUCACAGGGUUUCUUCUUUCGAAAUUUCGAUGCUCUAGCUAAUCGAUUUAGGGUCAUUGCUAUUGAUCAACUUGGUUGGGGUGGAUCUAGCAGGCCUGACUUUACAUGCAAAAGCACUGAAGAAACUGAAGCAUGGUUCAUCGAUUCUUUUGAGGAAUGGAGAAAAGCCAAAAACCUUAGCAAUUUUAUAUUGCUCGGGCAUUCUUUUGGUGGUUAUGUUGCUUCCAAGUAUGCACUUAAGCACCCGGAGCAUGUUAAGCACUUGAUUUUGGUGGGACCUGCUGGUUUUUCACAAGAAACAGAGAGGAUUACAAAGUUCUUAUCAACAUGGAAAGGAUCAAUUUUGAACCAGAUAUGGGAAUCUAACUUUACACCUCAAACUAUUAUUAGAGGUUUAGGUCCUUGGGGUCCUGAUAUGGUGCGCAGGUAUACAAGUGCUAGGUUUGUUACUCAUACAACUGGUGAAAUGCUGAAUGAAACUGAAACCAGUUUGCUAACAGAUUAUGUUUACCAUACUCUAGCGGCUAAAGCUAGCGGUGAGCUGUGCCUCAAACAUAUAUUUUCGUUUGGAGCAUUUGCUAGGAUGCCCCUUCUUCACAGGGCUUUAGAGUGGAAGGUGCCCACCACUUUCAUAUAUGGUAUCCAAGAUUGGAUGAAUUACGAGGGUGCCCAAGAAGCGCGCGACCAGAUGAAGGUUCCAUGUGAAAUCAUUAGAGUUCCCCAGGCUGGUCAUUUUGUGUUCAUUGACAACCCAAGUGGCUUCCAUUCAGCUGUGUUCUAUGCUUGUCGUAGGUUUCUUAGUCCGAAUCCCGAUAGCGAGUCCCUUCCGGACGGGUUAACCUCUGCAUAGGCCAUAAUCUUGUGCAUGCUGUCUAGAAUUUUAUUAUUAUUUGUCAAGUAAAGUUAUUACAAAUUAAAUUCCAUGGGUUAAUGAAGCCAUGUUAAAUUGUAGUUGUAACAGCAAUUACAAGGAACACAACCUGUGUCAUGAAUUUGAUUACUGAAAGAUGUGCUGAAUUAAACUUUGUAAUAUUAAGGUUGUUCUUCUGUAUAGUUUGUACUAUAAAUGAGAAAGUGAUAGCCUAUGUUGUAAUAUAAAUUAAGAACUCAUUACACCUGUCU